CAUAACACAACGAUGGCGGCUUCAACUGGCAGCAGUAAGAAGCCAGAAUUAUCUAAAGCUGAGUACCUUAAACGUUAUUUAUCCGCAGACGAAGAUGCCAGGAAGUCAAAGGGGAAGCUUAAAAAGAAACGGCGUAAGGUUCCCGAGAAAGGACUUAAAAUAGUAGACGAUGACAUAGACUGGAGACAGAUGGUCCAAGAGGAGAAGGAGAUUGAAGAGGACGAAGAGGAAGCUCCAGUGAUUGCUGAGGUGAUUGACGAUCGACCUGAAGAAGUGAAGCAGCUGGAGGCCUUCAGAACCGGCAAUAGAUGGAAAGUGAUAGGAGCUGAUGAAAAUGAAGACACAGACGAGGGGAGAGAAGGAGAGCAUCAACUUUCAGAGCCUUUGGCAUCGAGCAGGAAUCGCCAUGACUCUCCAGACUCAUCCCCUCCAAGAAGAGGUCGUCACGACUCUCCAGAUAUAUCCCCUCCAAGAAGAGGUCGCCACGAUUCUCCAGACGUAUCCCCUCCAAGGAGAAAUCGCCAUGACUCUCCAGACAUAUCCCCUCCAAGAAGAGGUCGCCACGACUCUCCAGACAUGUCACCUCCAAGGCAACGGUCAGGGAAGUCAGGGAAGGCGCAAAGUAAAGAUUUAUCCCCCGGCAGAAGAAAGCCAAGCUCAUCAUUAUCAAAUAAAAAACGUUCACCCGAUUCUCGUCGCUCACCACCAGCAAAGAAGGCUCAGAACAGGCAUGAUUCAGAUUCUGACCAGUCGCCUCCAAGGAAAAAGGCACAGAGGAGAGAAGCAUCAGAAUCCGACCAGUCUCCUCCAAGGAGGAGCUCAAAGGCAAGACGAGGCUCUGACUCUGACCAGUCACCACCCAGGAGGCGGCCGCGGAGUGGGAAUGACUCAGAUGAAGAUCUGUCACCACCUCGUAGGCCUGGCCAGUCUCAGGGUCCAAGGAUGCUUUCUGGUGGGAAGGCAGGUCUGGUUUCUGCAGAUGUUUUAAGGAAGGAGCAGGCGGACAACCGGCGCAGAGAAAAAAACAACAAGCCACUGGAAGACGAAUCCCGCAAUGCUGAGACGGUGUUCCGAGACAAGAGUGGUAAAAGGAGGGAUUUGGAUACAGAGAGAGAGGAAAAGAAGAGGAAAGCUGGAGAAAAAGCAGCAAAGGAUGAAAAAUACGCUCAGUGGGGGAGAGGGUUGGCCCAGGGCCAGAUGCAUCAACAGAAACUUGAAGAUGCAGUGCUUGAAGCCCAAAAGCCGCUGGCACGUCACCGAGAUGACGAGGAUCUUGACCGCAUGUUGAGAGAGCAGGAAAGGGAGGGAGAUCCGAUGGCUGCGAUGCUCAGACGUAAAAAGGACCGCAACACAAAGACACAAGACAAACCUCGAUACAAAGGCCCAGCACCACCUCCAAACCGCUUCAAUAUUCUGCCAGGCUAUCGCUGGGAUGGAGUUGACAGAUCAAAUGGUUUUGAAAAGAAACGCUACUCCCGAAUUGCAGAUAAAAAGGCUGGCCAGGAGGCAGCAUAUAAAUGGAGCGUGGAGGACAUGUAAUGGCAAUCAGGAACUGAUGGAUCAGGAGCAGAGCUGAGGAGCAGACAGCUCAUCCAUCCACGACAACUGCAGAUUACACACAUCUAUUGAAGAGAACUGACUUUUUUGAAUAGACUGAGAAAACUUUUGUUCAACUUUCAAUGCUGUUUAAUACUGUACAUUAGAUAUCAGAUUAUAGUAAAUUGAUAAAACACAAAAAUAACUGUACAUAGCAGGGAAGUGACAGCGUCUUUAUCAUUUUGUAAUAACUGAGUCUUGUGGAGCCAAAAAAUGUUUUUCACUGUUUUAUUAAAUCAUGUUUUUUUUAA